GGCCGAGUGUGUGGGCCCCCACGGAGAUCCCAGAGUUGGGCCCAAAGCCCGGGGUCUACAGUUGCCCGUUGUAAGCUGCCCGCACUGCUGGCUCCUAGCCAGCCCCUGCUGGUGAAGCCUCCGGAAGCCCAUGUCCAGGCCAGAGUAGGCUGGAUGGUGCGUUGGCCUCCUCCAGCCCCAGGGAGGGUCUUUGCUCACACUUCCACUUAGUGGGUGCCAGGGCUGGGCCUCCAGGCCUCCGAGCAAGACUUCCACUUCCCUCCGCCCCGCCUCCGGGGCCCUGGGCCAGGCGGGAGGACUGCCAGUCUCCGUGGAGCUAACCAGCACCAUCAGGAAGUGUACGGCUUUCUUCCUGGGCUCUGCGGGCCGGCCAGCAGCACCUCCCCCCGUUCAUCAGAUCGGGGUGGCCCAGGCUGACCAGCGUCCCACUGCCCAGGUGCCCCUCCAGGACCCUGAGCUCUCCCACCAGCUGUACCCGGGGCCUCCGCGAUGUCAGACUAUGAGAACGAGGACCAGUGCUGGAGUGCUCUGGAGAGCUUCCGCGUGAAGCUCAUCUCUGUCAUCGACCCCUCACGCAUCACGCCCUACCUGAGGCAAUGCAAGGUGCUGAACCCCGAUGACGAGGAGCAGGUGCUCAGUGACCCCAGCCUGGUCAUCCGCAAGCGGAAAGUGGGCGUGCUCCUGGACAUCCUGCAGCGGACUGGCCACAAGGGCUACGUGGCCUUCCUCGAGAGCCUGGAGCUCUACUACCCGCAGCUCUACAAGAAGGUCACAGGCAAGGAGCCCACCCGUGUCUUCUCCAUGAUCAUCGACGCAUCCGGGGAGUCAGGCCUGACGCAGCUGCUGAUGAGCGAGGUGCUGAAGCUGCAGAGGAAAGUGCAGGACCUGAACCAGCUGCUGAGCUCCAAGGACGACCUCAUCAAGGAGCUGCGGGUGAAGGACAGCCUGCUCCGCAAGCACCAGGAGCGUGUGCAGCGGCUCAAGGAGGAGUGUGAGGCGGGCAGCCGCGAGCUCAAGCGCUGCAAGGAGGAGAACUACGACCUAGCCAUGCGCCUGGCCCGCCAGAGCGAGGAGAAGGGCGCCGCGCUCAUGCGCAGCCGCGACCUGCAGCUGGAGAUCGAGCGGCUGAAGCACAGCCUCAUGAAGGCGGAGGAUGACUGCAGGGUGGAGCGCAAACAUACGCUGAAGCUCAGGCACGCCAUGGAGCAGCGGCCCAGCCAGGAGCUCAUGUGGGAGCUGCAGCAGGAGAAGACUUUGCUGCAGGCUCGCGUGCAGGAGCUGGAGGCCACCAUGCAGGAGGGGAAGCCAGACAAGAGCAGCCCCUACAUCCAGGUGCUGGAGGAGGAUUGGCGACAGGCGCUUCAGGACCACCAAGAGCAAGCCAACACCAUCCUCUCUCUGCGCAAGGACCUGCGGCAGGGCGAGGCUCUGCGCGCCCGGUGCGUGGAGGAGAAGGAGAUGUUUGAGCUGCAGUGCCUGGCGCUACGGAAGGACUCCAAGAUGUACAAGGACCGCAUCGAGGCCAUCCUGCAGCAGUUGGAGGAGGUGGCCAUUGAGAGGGACCAGGCCAUCGCCACACGGGAGGGGCUGCACGCACAGCACUCUCGGAGCCUGCAGGAGAAGGACGCGCUGCGGAAGCAGGUCCGGGAGCUGGCCGAGAAGGCGGACGAGCUCCAGCUGCAGCUCUUCCAGCGCGAGGGCCAGCUGCUGGCCUUGGAGGGCAGGCUCAAGCGGCAGCAGCUGGACGCGCUUGUCCUGAGCUCUGACCUAGAGGACAGCUCACCCAGGAACUCCCAGGAGCUCUCGCUCUCCCUGGACCUGGAGGCCGUCCAGCUCUCAGACAAAGGCGGCCCGGCCAACAGAGACAGCCCCCAGCAGCCCUCUGUGGCUCUGCAGGAGGAGCGGCUUCUAUUGACCGCCAACGUAAGGCCGUCCCGGGGUCCCUGCUGCCCUGGGGUGCCGCUGGCAUGGGCCUCAGUGUGACCGAGCCCAGGAAGGGACGCAGGCCAGGGCGGCGGGGAGCCCCCCGAGAAGGAGCGGCGGCGCCUCAAGGAGAGCUUCGAGAACUACCGCAG